AUGCACGCCGCCGCUCCCGACGCCACGGCCGCGCUCGCCGCCGGCCCCACGCCGGCGCUCGUGGCGCUCGUGUCGCUGGCGGUGCUCGUGUCGUCGCUCGCGCUCUUCGUGCUUCGCCAACGCGCCGCCUCGCCGCCCACCGCACCGGUCGGCGCGGCGCCCGGCGGCGGCAGCAAGUAUCAGCCGCUCGCUACAAAGGAUGUAGCGGCGGCGGUGGCGGCGAAUGGCGAGGAGCGGGCGGGCGAGGGGGAUAAGGCGGAGCGCGACGAGGAGAAGGUGGCGAUCGGCAUUCUGUUCGGCACGCAGACGGGCACGUCCGAGGGAUUCGCCAAGACGCUCGUGUCAGAGCUGCAGCACCACUUCGCACCGCACUGCACCGUGGAGCUCAGCAGUCUGGAUGAUCUAGCGGAGGACAGCGAUGCCUUCACAGCGAAGCUCAACGCCUUCCACGCCGCCUUCUUCCUCGUCGCCACGUACGGUGAUGGCGAGCCAACGGACGAUGCGCAGCGCUUCUUCAAAUGGGUGCACGCCACCGCUGCUGAUGCACAGGCUGAGGACGACAGCCCCUUGCCGCUGCAGGGGCUGCGCUUUGCUGUCUUUGGGCUGGGCAAUCGGCAGUACGAGCACUUCAACUUGAUGGGCAAGAUGCUUGACAAGCACCUCGCUGCUCUAGGCGGGCAGCGCGUGGCGGAGGUGGGGCUGGGAGACGACGACCAGUGCAUAGAGGACGACUUCAAAGCAUGGCGGACGGGGCUGUGGAAGGGAUUUGAGUCGCUCGUGCUGGGUCGGGGAGCCGGGGGCGAGGGGCAGGAGGGAGAGGGGGCAGCGGGGGAGUGGGAGGAGGAGGAGGAGGAGGUGCUGGAGUACCAAGUCAGGUUCCACAGCAGGGGUGGGCAGGCUGGGGCUGCUGGGGAGAAUGGGGUGCUCAAUGGGGAAGUGCAUGGGGUGCUCAAUGGGGUGCUGAAUGGGGAGGUGCAUGGGGAGGUGAAUGGUGGAGGGAAGGAGGUGAAUGGCGUGGGGGGGCAUAUGAAUGGUGGGGAGGAGGAGGAGCAGAUGAGCAUGGGGGAGGCGAUUGCGGCAGUCGGGUGGCACUCGCACAGCAUUGGCAGGGCGCGGGUGGCAGUGGUGAAGGAGCUGCAAGCGCCCAACUCACACCGAUCCACACUGCAUGUGGAGCUCGACCUCUCGCCCUGCCCUCACCUGCAGUACGAGGUGGGAGACCACGUGGCAGUGUUUCCUGAGAACAGCGAUGCUGACGUGGCAGCAGUGGCCAAGUGUCUGGGAUUGAAUCUGGAUGACGUCAUCUCCCUGCACCUCCCCUCGCCCUCCUCCUCCCUGCCACCGCCCCCUCCCGGCCGCCACUCCAUCCGCUCCGUGCUCGCCUCGCUGCCUGACCUCCACUCCUCGCCCCGCAAGGCAGCGCUGGCAGUGUUGGCGCGCUUUGCCUGCCACCCCGAUGAGGCAGCUCGCCUCAAGCACCUGGCCAGCGGCGGGGGCAAGGAGGAGUACAGGGAGUGGGUGGCGGCGGCACAUCGGUCACUGCUCGAGGUGCUGCACGCCUUCCCCUCCGCUCGCCCGCCCCUCGCUGUGUUCCUUGCCUCCGUUGCUCCUCGCCUGCAGCCACGCUUCUACUCCAUCUCCUCCCACCCCAGGCACGAUCCAGGCGCGCUGCACAUAACGUGUGCGGUGGUGAGGGACGUCACCCCAGCAGGCCGCACACACCACGGCGUCUGCUCCUCCUUCCUCCACCGCCACCUCCCCCUGCCCAGCCCCUCCUCCACCUCCCCUUCCCCCGACCCCUCACCCCCCGUGCUGCUACCGGCGUUCAUCCGCUCGUCGCACUUCCGCCCACCCGCCGACCCCGCUCGCCCCAUCGUGAUGGUUGGCCCCGGCACCGGCCUCGCGCCCUUCAGAGCCUUCCUGCAGCACCGUGCGUUGAUGCAGCGGGACGGGCAGCAGCUGGGGGAGGCUCUUCUGUUCUUUGGGUGCCGGCACCGCGACCAGGACUACAUAUACCGCGAGGAGCUGGCAGCCUACGAGGAGAGCGGUGUGCUAUCAGCGCUGCACGUGGCCUUCUCUAGAGACGGGCCCGCCAAGGUCUACGUGCAACACCUGCUCAAGCAACAGGCGGAGAGGGUGUGGCAGGCAGUGGGGAGCGGGGGAGGCAGUGUGUACGUGUGUGGCGAUGCCAAGGCCAUGGCCAGGGACGUGCACCACGCGCUGCUGGAAGUGGCAGUGGAGCAGGUGGGUGGGCGCUGUGCUUCCAUGCCCUCCACACCUCUGCUGCCGCUCGCCUCAUCGCGCUCGCCUUCCUCGCGCUUGCUCUCAGCGCCAACCCGCUCCGCCGCGUCAACUCUCCAUUCCCGCCCCUGCGCCACUCCGCACGACUGCCAUCCCCGCAUGGCUCCUCUUUGCGUGUCGCCACUGACCGCGCGGCGCCUCUCGUUCGCCGGGCUUGCGCUCUGCGCUCUCCUCGCCGCCGCCCUCUUCCGCCCCGCCCUCUCCCGCGCAUCUCUGCCCGUCGCGCGCGGACGAGCGCUGGAGGAGGACGACGAGCGGGCGGGGAGCAGCGAUGACGGCGGAUACACGGAUCGGCUGCGCUCGCAGGGAAAGUUGCGCGCGCAUUGGAGCGUGGAGGGGGAGGACGAGGUUAAUGGCGACUCGUCGCACGACGAUGACGACGAUGGCGACGACCAUGACGACGAUGGCGACGACCACGGCGAUAGCAACGGUGGCGACGAUGGCGACGACCAUUCUCACGAUCACGACAGAUCCGGGCUGUCUUCGUCGCCAUCUGUGCCCUUUCCCACCACCCCGUCUGGCCCCGCCACCUCUCCGCCGCCCCCCACCUUCCCGUCGCUGACGUGCGCGCCUGGCGCGGGGCAUUGCGAGUUCGCGGGGACGGCGGGGUGCAGCCCCGCGCGGAUCUUCUGCAACGGCUCCUGCUGCAUCGUCUUUACCAAGAAGGGUAAGCCCCAAUUCCAGCAGACUUCAUUCCCUUCCCCUCCCACUACGGCACAGCAGCAGCAGCCUAAGAAUGGGGGUGGGGCUGGUGGGGGAGGGGAGAAGUGGAAAGGGGGUAAGGAUGGCCAGCCGAAGGGGGGGAAAGGGGGCUUCAAGGGAAAGUGCUAUGUGUGUGGACAGACAGGGCAUGUUGCUAAGUACUGUCAGCAGCGGGCGGAUAAGGAGGCAGACGCUGGUGAAGUGGGUUCUGGAGGUAGCAGCGGAAAGGGGGGUGAUGGCUCUAAGGGGAGCGGGCAGUCAUCAUGUGCGAUGUCUGAGCAGCUGCAGGACGAACACAGUAUGGAUGGAGUACAGCAGAGUGGGGGGCAGGAGAUAGGGGAGCAGCAGUCAGGGGAGCAGCAGAUAGGGGAGGAGCGGAUUGAGGAGCAGCAGAUGGUGGACCAGCAGCUAGGGGAGCAGCAGACAGGGGAGCCGCAGACAGGGGAGCAGGAGAUGUGGGGAAUUAGAGAUGGUGGUCGUGUGUUGGCCUCUGGGAUGAUCACUGCGCCACUGCGUUGCUCCACUCGCAUCACUCGUGGUAUCCCGCCUCUUAAGACUUCCACCACUACCCGUGCUGUGGCGGCAAGGUGUGCUGCGAGCGCCGCCCCGGGUCGUGCUGCAGGAACCAGCGCGGAGAGCCCUACUGCUGCCGCUUUCCCUCCACCUGCUGCCGCCAAGGCUGCUGCAACUUCUGACAGCCCUGCGCACUCUUCCACUCCCACACCCACGGCCCACCCCACCACACCCAUCCUCGCCAGGGUUUCAGUUCAUUCUCCUCUAGCCGGGACGGUGCUCGUCACACUUUCUCUUCGCUGUUCCACCAUGGCUGGCCAUGGCGACGCCCUUUCUGACGACGAGGACGGAGUGGAUUUAGACGGCGCUGAUGCUGACGUCGUGGAGGAAGCCCGGGACGAUGUGGCAGGACCGGCAAAGUCUGAGCAGCUGCAGGACGAACACAGUAUGGAUGGAGUACAGCAGAGUGGGGGGCAGGAGAUAGGGGAGCAGCAGUCAGGGGAGCAGCAGAUAGGGGAGGAGCGGAUUGAGGAGCAGCAGAUGGUGGACCAGCAGCUAGGGGAGCAGCAGACAGGGGAGCCGCAGACAGGGGAGCAGGAGAUGUGGGGAAUUAGAGAUGGUGGUCGUGUGUUGGCCUCUGGGAUGAUCACUGCGCCACUGCGUUGCUCCACUCGCAUCACUCGUGGUAUCCCGCCUCUUAAGACUUCCACCACUACCCGUGCUGUGGCGGCAAGGUGUGCUGCGAGCGCCGCCCCGGGUCGUGCUGCAGGAACCAGCGCGGAGAGCCCUACUGCUGCCGCUUUCCCUCCACCUGCUGCCGCCAAGGCUGCUGCAACUUCUGACAGCCCUGCGCACUCUUCCACUCCCACACCCACGGUCCUGCUGCUUGGCCGCCGCACCCCCACAUGGCCCUCAUAG